AUUAUUUUAUUUCAACCUAAACAUGACAUCGUUGCCUUUUUAGCACAUAAUCACAAUCGAAAGCUUAUAUAAAAUUGCUACCAUGCAAUGGAGAAAGUCAGUUUUUCGCCCAAUCCUAUGUUAAAGGGGCACGUUUUGGUGAUUGUCUCCUAGCAGACUGUACCCAGCAUGAUGGAAGCAACCACUCAUACUCUGCAGAUUGAGCAGAUGCUUAAGAAGAUCUACUCAGUUCAUAAGGACUAUGUCAAAGUGACGCAGAAUGUUUCAUCGCAGAGGACAGUUGCAAUUAAAAGACUGGAGGAAAAGGUGGAUUCCCUGCAGAAACAGAACGAUGAAUUACUGCUGGAGAACAAAAAACUGCACACCCUCGUUGCUAGUGGCAACACCAGGGGAGGCAACUGUUGUGAUGCGAUACGACAGUCCCUGGAGUCAGUCAUUAACACAUACCAGAAGCUGGUCUCGGAGAGAGAUGCAAGGAUCAAACAACUUGAGCACGACCUUCUGAAGAUACAAGUGGAGAGACUACCUGGCACUGUAGCUGAAAAGUCAAUGUGGGAGACAGGGGUGACCUUGACCCAAGAUGACCUUCCAGACUCGACCUGUCGUACGACUCCAGAGUCUACCAAGAAUACUAGCCUGGCGGCACCAAGAAACUGUUCAGCAACUAACACUGACUCACGAUCAGUCAAUAGUGUCAUCACUGACUCAGGAAAACUAGAAACAGAAUCCUCCAUUGAUGUCUCGCCAAAUGGUAGGGUUGAAAAGGAAAAUACCAGCCUUCAACUGUAUACAGAAGAGGUAUCCCCGACUGAAGAACGAAAGUUGAAACUGCAUAAGAGAGAUAAGAAGCGGAAGAGGUUUUCUGAAGAAACUUCUCCAGAUGUUAAGAGGACCAAAUCUUCAACUAUGCUUGAUACAGAAACCCCCAUACUUGGUAAACAAGAGGAUGUAAGAGACACAACCAUGGCUGACAUGAGAGUAACUCACACGGCUGACAAGGAUAAACAUGAGGUCAGGAAAAAACAAGAAACCUGUAGCACAAAGAAUAAUUCAAUUAGAGUUAGUGACAAAAAAGAUUCCAGAAUUGCUGUAAUCGGAAGCAAAGUCUUGGCAUCUGAUACAUUGGGAGCAAACACUGAAACAGGCUUUAGUGAAGUGGAUGGAACAUUUAGAAAAGAUGGUAAAGGGAAAUCAAAGAUCAAGAAGAGCAUUGUCGAUGAUACUGUUCUCUGUAUUCCAGAAACAAUGGCCAUCGAAUAUGACACGGAUUAUAAUGAUGAUUUAGAGCAGGGUUUCAAACCAGAUCUGUCAAAAAUUGCAGAAGUGACUGAACACUCAGUUCAGGCAAGUUUUGCAAGUGAUAGAGCAAAAGAGUCUAGAACAAAACUGGCUAGGUCUAUGCAUUCAAAAGAUGAUGUAGAUUAUGAGGAUGAGGAGGAAGAAUAUGUUGAUAAUAAUGAUGAGAGUUUAAACGUUUCUGCAGCUUUAAAGCUUAUAGAGGGAAAGGAUGAUAGUGGGAAAGGAAAUGGUACAGAAAUUUCAGUUAACAACUCUGUAAAUGGAAAAGUGACUAGGAGGAAGGAUAAAGACAAACAUGGGGAAAGUGAAUCUUGUAUGGAAUUCAGUUUAAGGAGCGAGUUAGCCAGCCCAGAAUGUGAGGAACCAAUAAAAGAUAAGAGUGAUUUGCUUGAAACUGAACAUAACUCGAAAUGUUCAUCUAAAACUUAUCCAAGUGAAACUAUGAAUGAAAGCAAAGCUGUUCCGUCUCAGACAUUUGGUAAAAAGAAGCGAAAUCCUCAAACUCCUAAAAUUGUCGGAAAUAGCUGCAAAAACAUGCAUGAAGUUGAAGCCUUGUUUGAAACUCCCCCAAAAGGAGAUAAAAGGCUUACCAAUGAAGCUGGUGAUGUUUCGAUGACAAGGUAUUCAAAUAGAAUUUCAAACAAAUGUUUGAUUAGUUUGAAUGAAACUGAAGAGGUAAUUUUGCGAAGGUCCCCUAGAAAGCACAAGUCUUCUUUGGUAAGAGAUAAAGAUUUGUCUAAAGCUGGCAGUAAAGCAAUUUCCUUCGAGGAUGCUAAGGUGGAUAUUGGGCAAGACAUGCUAGGUGACAUAGAUGAUCAUGAUGUUACACUGGCACCUGAAGGUCAUGACAAGACCGUUGCUAUAAAUGAUGAGAAUACUAAUACCUGUUUUGACAAUCAGUCUGUUGAUUUUUAUAAUAUUGUUCCGGUUCAAAAUGGUGUACUUAACAGUAGCAAAACAUUCCAAGUUAAGGCUAGGAGACCUAAACAUUGUAGAAGCCUGGACAAAAAUGAUAUGACAGGUGUGUGUGAUGAUGAUAAACAAAUGAAAUCAAGUGAGAAAAAUAAUGCAAUAUCAGAUAAGAAGAUGCAUGAAAUCAAUCAAUAUUGUAAUGUAACUUUGAAAUCACCCUCCCUAUUACAAACAUCGAAACUUGUACGAACAAAUAUACCUUCCAAUGACAAUGCAGGUGUAGUGUUGAGUGUUGAAGAUCCACUGAGGAGUCCAAGUGUACAAAGUAAUGAGUCUAUUUCUGAGAGUGAGUCACCAUUGCUUAUAAAAAAUACUAAGAAAAAACAUGCAAAAUUGCAUGAAAAUCUUCCGAAUAUAGGCACAAUGGAAGGGGAAAAGGGGUCAAAGAUUAAAGAAAGUAAAACUGCAAAGGUCAAUUUAAGGUCAUCUCAGUCAUAUGAAGAUCUAGAUCAAGGUCAACAAAAAAAGAAGGCGGGUUCAAGAUCCAAAAUUAAUACAUUAACAGUGGAAUCAGGGGAAAGUUCACAUGUACAAAAAUUGAAGAACCUUCAUCAGACAACACUUACUCAGGCCUUUUUCAGUCCAAAAAAGACCAGAAAGUUGAUAGACGAUGAUAAAAACUUACAAUUGGCUUUGAAACUGUCUUUAGCUGAGAGUAGCCAUAAAGAGCCAAUUACUAUAGUGGAUGAUGUUGAGUCAGAGAUAAGAGAAAACAUAGGGAAAGCAGUUUCACCUUUUAAAAAGCCAGGGCCUAGAAAGGAAGGAAUGUCAAGGAAAAAGAAACAUGCCUUGACAAGUGAUCAACACGCAGAUCAGGGAAACAGCAAAAUACUAGCACAAAAUGCAGAAAACCGUAGACAUGUAUUACAAGAAAUUAAGGGUGAAGGUCAUGAGAGAAAUAACAUGGGGCUGGGAAAUGAUGUCAAUGUGCAAAGAUGUUGCAGGGAAAACUUAAAUGGAAGUUUGGAUCCAGAGGCAGAACUGUCUGAACUUUGUAAAGGGCCAGAAACCUUUCCUUCUUUGGAUACAGAUUUCUGCUCUGAGGACCUGGCUCACAACUCACAGAGCUUGCCUCGCACAUCUACGCUGGCUGUGGACACCCAGGAGAUACCUUGUAGCUCCACUAGUGUCAAGUUUCCUGCACGUCGGAAGGUGCACAAGAAAAUAGAAGAUGUUGAAAAUAUUGUUCCUGACCCAGCACUAAUUCAACACAUGGAUGACAGUUUUGACAGGCCGCACAAGAAGAAAACCACUGCGGAUGAGGUUGCCCAUGUAGCGGUGGUGAGGAAGAGAGACGAGAGACAGAAACUGCAGGGACACGACUGUAAACAGUGCACUGAGUACUACAAAGCAGCAGGUCUUAGUGACAUGGAAGCCAAGCAUCACAUGAACAAGUGCUCCCGACACCGUGCCAAGUUUGUUCCCCCAGACACGCCCCCACAUUUCUGGUCUGUGGACUUCAUAGACACUCAGGACUUGCCGGAAACUGAGAGAACUGAAGCUGUGCCAAGUCACAGACGCCGGCGCAGGCUGAACAAGUGCUUCCGCAGUAAGAAUGAGAACUCCACGAUACAGGCAGGGGAAUCUCAGGAAUCACAGGACCUCGAUUUUGGAUGACUUCAAUGUCCACCACAUGUCCCCUACUUGUAGAUUCAUGUUGAGCGGAAAGUUAUAGUUUAUUGUUGAGAACUUAAAUGUAUAUAGCAUUGUUAUGCGCCUCUUUGAAAAAGAGAGCUUUAUCACUUUACAUCUGUUGGUGUGUAUACAUGUACCAAUUUGUGUGCUCACGAUGUCCUGAGAUUGCUCUGACCUACCAUGUUCCUAAUUGGUAUGUUGCUUGGUAGGAAAGGUCAAAGCUUUUGAUUUUAAAGUGGGGGAUCAAAAUUUGAAAAAAAGCUGACAUAUACUAUAUUGAUGUACAGGUACAAGGAAAGUUUUUUUCAUUUCAUUUAAGAACAUUCUUAUUUCUAUGUCAAUACAUCUAAAAUGUAAAUAUCAAUAAUACAUUUGUUACAGUAUAUCAAGGUAAUUUUAGCUCACGUGAGCAUGAUUUGCUUAAGACAAGCUUUUGUGGUUAGUUAAUUGUAUUGUGUAUUGUGCAGUUUCAACUUUAAGCUUGUUAUUGUUUGAAAAGCUGCCUCUUAAGUGAAUAUUUUCUUAAAACUUGUUUCUAUUCAUUCACCUGAUUUCACAGCAUUUUAGAUUAUAUUCUGCUUGUGUUUUUCCAAUUAAGGCACAAUUUUUCUUAUCUAUUAUUUUGAAACAGUGUGAGAAAUUUCACAGGUGAACUAGGAUCCUUAUUUUAGGAGGUAAACACGUAGAUAUUAAGAAUAUUAUGUUAGUUUUGGAUAAAGAUCAAGUUUAUCAUGCAAGGCUUAGAACAGAGGAAGCACGAGGCUUGCUGAAUGCUUACAUGGUUCAAGCCAAGCAUGAUAAACUUGAUGUUUAUCCGAAACUAGCUUAAUAUUCUAUAUAUCCUAUUAUUUCCUCUCUGUUUCCAUUAAUAAUUAUAAAAUAUCGCGUUUUUAGACGAUUUUAUUUUUCCGUAGUUGACAAAAACAUAUUCUCCAAUUUUUGGAAAAACAAUCUGAUAAAAAUAUUGAUAGUAUUAAACUAAAGUCUAUACGAUCAUUGUUUUACUAUUGAUUUUCAUCUUGUAAUAGGAUAAAAUACCUUUUUAUGCCCCCGGAUCGAAAGAUCGGGGGAGAUUGUUUUUGGUCUGUCUGUCUGUCAUUGUGUCAGUCAGUCAGUCAUUGUAUGUGUGUGUCACAAACUUUAACCUUGGUUAAAGUUUUAUAACUUUUGCAAUAUUGAAGAUAGCAACUUCAUAUUUGGCAUGCAUGUGUAUCUCAUGGAGCUGCACAUUUUGAGUGGUAAAAAGUCAAGGUCAUCCUUCAAGGUCAAUGGUCAAAUAUCAUUGUAUUUUUCUGUUCUUAAAACUUUAACCUUCAUUAAAGUUUGGUCAUAACUUUUUGAAUAUUGAAGAUAGCAACUUGAUAUUUGGCAUGCAUGUGUAUCUGAUGGAGCUGCGCGUUUUGAGUGGCUAAAGGUCCAGGUCAUCCUUCAUGGUCAAAGGUCAAAUUUAUGGCUUCAAAGAGGCGAAAUAGGGGGCAUUGUGUUUCUGACAAACACAUCUCUUGUUUUAAGUUAUCGUCUGCCAGGAAUCAGAUUCCAAGAUUCCUGAAUGGCUGAGUUCAUGUUGGGUUAAUGUAAUACCUUGUUACGUUUCACAUACUUAUCUUUUAAAGUUUGAAGUUUUAUUGUGUUAUUUUUUGACAUGCACAAUUCAUUGAUAUUUUUUUUACAUUUCUCCCAUAUAUGUCAGUUGCAUUAUUAUUUCAAUUAAAAUGUUAUUACAAUUCCAUGACAUGUUUUUGUGUGAUUGUUUAAGCACAAUACUUGUGCGUAAGUUAUGAGGUGUGUAAAGAAUUGAAUUUACAGUGGCGAAAGAAAAUGUAAUAAAAAGCGUUUAUUUUGUGAUUUUAUAAUAAUUGUCAAGUGUGUCUAAUCUCAUGUUUUCAUAGUAAAGACUUUCACAUUAAAAAUAUUGUAAAUUUUCUGUUUAUUAUUGAAGGUGUUAAGACAACUUAACUGUGCUCUUGUUAAAUAUUGAGUUUAAAAAGUUAAGGUACUCCCUAAAUUACAAGUUAAGGGAUAUUCAAUCAUACAAAGGGAAAACUAUGAAUUUCAAUUUUUUCUUGAAGUGGAGGAUUAAAUAUGUAAAAAUACUGAUCUAAGUAAUGUUUGUGUAUUUCUUUUUUCACUGUUUAUGCUAUAUUACACUUUCAGUACAUAUGAGAAAGUGUUAUGAAGCAUAAAGACUUGUUUAUAAUGGUUUGGGGAAGUUAAAUGUUAAAUAUUAUCAAAAUUAAUGAUGGAGCUGUUUCUUACAAAUUGCUUAUGCGAGCUAUCUGUGCAUCAAAUGAAUUAACAUAUGGUAUUAAAGUAAAGUUAUUGUUUUCAUAUUCAUGAAAUAUCAUCCUUAAAUAUGAAAGUAUGUAAUAUUGCAUAUGUACAAUGUAUGUACAUUUACAUUCCUAAAUUAGUAUGUGCUGUUAAUAGCUGAAUUGUACAUUCAAUAAUUGUUUUCUCAUGAUUAUAUACUGUAUGGGAUGUAUAUUGUCAUGUAGAUAUGCUUAUACAUGAAUCACAUUUUGAAUGCUAUACUUUUAAACAUAGAAAUGUCUUUUAAGUUCUAUGGUGUUAUCUUUGAAUUGCACAAUUGAUUGUUUUUUUACAUAUCACCCAUUGGCUCCAGUUCUAUAAUUAUUACAAUUUAUAUUUGGUUGCAUAUCCAGAAAAUAUGUAAAUUUAUUUACAAUUCAGUUGGCAAUAAAUUGUUGCACAGAUAUCUGUCAAGUUACAUAUUCAGUGCAUUUAUUUCAUGGAAUUUACGAGUCUUCACAUUGGCUAUCAUUUCAGAAAAAUAGCUAAUUAUUCCCCCCCAUAGGCGGAGGGAUAUUGUUUUAGCGUUGUCUGUCUGUCCGUCCGUCUUACUGUCCGUCCUAUCAUCCGUCUGUUCGGCACUUUUGUGUCCGGAGCCAUAUCUUGAAAGUGCUUUUGCGGAUUUCAUUGAAACUUGGUAUGAGUAUAUAUAUGGAUAAGAGGAUGAUGCACGCCAGAUGGCAUUGUACACCGUUGGAUAAUAAAGGAGUUAUGGCCCUUUGUAUCUUGAAAAAUGCUUUUUUGAGUGUCAAAUAUAACACUUUUGUGUCCAGAAGCAUAUUGGCGGGGAUAUCAAUUCAACGAAUUUGCUUGUUCAUCUAAUUACCAAUGACGGACAGGUGUGCUACCUUCACUACAGGUUGCGAGAGUUGCUCUAUCAUAUGGGCCAUGCUCUAUGAAAAGGGGGUUUAAUGCAUGUUCGUAAAGUGCCAUCCCAGAUUAGGAUAUGCAGUCCGCAUAGUCCACACAGUCCACACAUAUGCAGUCCACAUAGUCCACACAUAUGCAGUCCGCACAGGCUGAUCUGGGACGUCACUUUCGGCUUUUAUAAAAUUCUGCAUAUGAGGAAAGUCUAUUCUUAGCAAAAAUCCAGUUUUAGGCGGAAGCUUCUGUGUGAACUGCACAGGCUAAUCUGGGUCAACACGUGAUGCACAUGCAUUAAACCCCCUUUUCACAGAGCACAGCCCAUAUCUACUUUUAAAGUCAAUUUCUGAGAGCAACUUAAGAAUCUUUUUAAGUGUUCAUUCAGUGGUUAAUAAGGCCAAAUAAAAUAUUUCUUUCUCAU